GGGGGGCGCACACGCAUGAGCGUGCAGAGGUGCGUGGGCAAGAACCGUGGAAGAAGAGUUUUGGGGGCGAGGAGAGUUGACUUGUGGGGUCCGAGGUGACGUCACGGCACCGGAGGUCGCGUGUGCAAGCCCCCCCCCCCCCCCGAUCUGUUCUCUCCCCCUCCCUAAUUCCCGUGUGCAAAGCUCACCUCGAUGUCCACGCGUGUACAAAGCUCCCCUUGUGCAAGAUUCCCCCCGCCCCGUGUACAUAGGUGUGCAAGACACCUCCGUGUACACGCGUGUGCAUCGUCCGCCCCUGUGUGCAAGCCCCCCCAUGUGCAAGACCCCUCCACUUACACGCGUGUCCAAUCCCCCCACGGGCACGAAUGUCCAACUCCUCACUGUGUGUGUGUGUGCAAGCCCCCCCGCCUGUGCAGAUACACGAGCGUGCAAAGACCUCCCCCCCCCCACACACACCCAUGCACACGCGUGUGCAAGGCCCGUGGGAGGGGGGGGCCGGCGGCAGCGGUGCCCGGAUCCUCGCGGGGGGGCAGGGGAGGCCUCCGCUCCGCCGCCCGCAGCCAUGCACGGCCCCGGCGGAGAGGUCUCCCCAGCGCUCGGCCCCCCCACGUCUCCCCUGGGCCCCCAAGCCAUGCAGCAGGUCCUGGACAACCUGAUCGGGCUCCCCGGGCCCCCGGGGGCUGCCGACCUGGACCUCAUCUUCCUGCGCGGCAUCAUGGAGAGCCCAAUCGUGCGGUCCCUGGCCAAGGCCCACGAGCGGCUGGAGGAGACCAAGCUGGAGGCCGUGCGCGGGGACAACGUGGAGCUGGUGCAGGAGAUCCUGCGGGACCUGGCGCAGCUGGCAGCGCAGGACAGCGCCGCGGCAGAGCUGGCACACAUCCUGCGCGAGCCGCACUUCCAGUCGCUGAUGGAGACUCACGACUCGGUGGCCUCCAAGAGCUACGAGACGCCCCCGGCCAGCCCCCUCCUGGAUCCCACCUUCAGCAGCCAGCCUGUGCCCCCCGACGCCGUGCGCAUGGUGGGCAUCCGCAAGACGGCCGGAGAGAACCUGGGGGUGACGUUCCGGGUGGAGCGGGGGGAGCUGGUGAUCGCCCGCAUCCUGCACGGGGGGAUGGUGGCACAGCAGGGGCUGCUGCACGUGGGCGACGUCAUCCGGGAGGUGAACGGGCGGGAGGUGGGCAGCGACCCGCGGGCACUGCAGGACACUCUGCGCCAUGCCAGCGGCAGCGUCGUCCUCAAGAUCCUGCCCAGCUACCAGGAGCCCCACCCGCCCCGACAGGUGUUCGUCAGGUGCCACUUUGACUACGACCCUGGCACCGACAGCCUCAUCCCCUGCAAGGAGGCUGGGCUCAAGUUCAUGGCUGGUGACCUGCUGCAGAUCGUCAACCAGGACGACCCCAACUGGUGGCAGGCGUGCCACGUGGAGGGGGGCAGCGCGGGGCUGGUGCCCAGCCAGCUGCUGGAGGAGAAGCGCAAAGCCUUCGUCAAGAGGGACGGGGAGGUGCCCCCCGGCUCCGGGGCCCUGUGCGGCAGCCUCAGCGGGAGGAGGAAGAAGAGGAUGAUGUACCUGACCACCAAGAACGCCGAGUUCGACCGCCACGAGCUGCUGAUCUACGAGGAGGUGGCACGGAUGCCACCCUUCCGCCGGAAAACGCUGGUGCUGAUCGGCGCGCAGGGCGUGGGCAGGCGCAGCCUCAAGAACAAGCUCAUCAUGUCGGACCAGGCGCGAUACGGCACCACCGUGCCCUACACGUCAAGGAAGCCGAAGGAGAGCGAGAAGGACGGGCACGGCUACCGCUUCGUGUCCCGGGGGGAGAUGGAGGCCGACAUCAGAGCCGGGCGCUACCUGGAGCACGGCGAGUACGAGGGCAACCUCUACGGCACCAAGAUCGACUCCAUCCGUGCCGUGGUGGAGGCUGGCAAGAUGUGCAUCCUGGAUGUCAACCCCCAGGCAGUGAAGGUGCUGAGGACGGCUGAGUUUGUGCCAUAUGUGGUCUUCAUCGAGGCCCCCGGCCCCGAGACGCUGCGGGCCAUGAACAGGGCAGCGCUGGAGAGCGGAGUGGCCACCAAGCAGCUGACGUUGGUGCCCAUGGUCCCUUUGGUCUGUCCCGGUGCUGGGCAGGAGGCCGAUGCCAGGCGGACGGUGGAGGAGAGCAGCAGGAUCCAGCGUGGCUAUGGGCACUACUUCGACCUCAGCCUGACCAACGAUGACCUGGAGAGGACCUUCAGCAGGCUGCGGGAGGCCAUGGACAGCCUCCGUGCCCAGCCCCAGUGGGUGCCCGUCAGCUGGGUCUACUAGUGACCACCCCCGGGGCCUCACCGCCCCCACAGUCCCCCCAGCCCGGCCAGAAGGGCUCUGUGGGGAGGGGGUGGUGCUUGUGUCCCUGCUGUGUCACCACUGCUGUGAUGAGCUCACCGUGCUCAGCACUGUGGCACAUCGGGGGCCUGGCAGACCUCCCUCGCCCAGGCUCAGCUCCUGUCUCCCUCCUACCCAGCUCCAGACCUACGGGGGGGGGGGGACAGGAAGCAGCCUCUGGGGUGCCAAGGAGGGGGACAACCUCCUCUGUCUGUGCCCAGCACUCACACAGCUAUUCACUGCCAAAACUCUGCCCCCUCCCUGUGUUAUCCUGGGGGACUGUGCCCACCCCAGCCCUGGGGGAGCACUGGGGGGGGGUCCCCAGGCAGUGCCUCAGUUUCCCUAUGGCAAAGCCCAUCCCUGUUCCAGGGCAGUGUAUGGGUUGGGACCCCUGGCAUGGGGCUGGGGGAGGUGGCAUGGCAAGAGGGUCACACACAGCUGGACCCCACAAGCUGCCAUGGACCCUGAGCCCUGACUUAACAACUGCCCCCAGCUCUCUUGCCCUUAGUAGAGUGGGGGACUGGGGGGGGGGGGGAGGGAGGGGGUGUCCCUUUCUGUCCCUUAUUCUGUCCCCCCCAUCACCCCAGGUAGCAAUAACCCCUCUUGAGACCCCCUGCCCUCUAAUUAACCCUUAAUUAACUCCAUAAUGAACCCCAAGGCUAGUGUGGUGGACACUGGGGGUGGGGGGGGCAGGCGCCAAGGGAUGGGCACACACACAGAGGGUACACAGAUGUGGGUGUCUGUACACACAUGAGUGCCCCCCCGUGAUGGUGCAGGAUGUGUGUCCCCCUCCUUGCCUUGGGCAUCCCAACGACUGCAGCCACCUCCUGCCCCUGCCCCGUCCCUGCCCCGUCCCUGCCCCUGCCCCUGCCCUGGCCCUGGCCCUGCCCCUGCCCUGCCCUGCCCCUGCCUCUGCCCAUGUCCCUGCCCUGGCCCUGUCCCAGGUUGCUCCAUUUUGGUACUUUGAUGUGACUUUUAUUAAAGGGAAAAGAGCAGAA